AUGGGUGCGAAUAGCGGCGAUUGGGUCGGACCUCAAUUUUUCCGCGAGAUCUCCGGUGUAUCAGGCUCUGUGACAUUACAGGGUGGUGAUGCAGAUGUUCAUGCAGUUGAUCUGUCAGGCUAUCUAGCUGAAGGCGGUAGCAGCAACGGCGCUUCAUCGAUGGCGGACAGUGUCACGGCGCACAACGCGCAGUAUCCUGAUAGCGAGAUAGUCGUUUCGGGAUGGAGACAAAGUGCCCUCGUCGCCCACAAAGCACUUCAAAACAAGUCUCCUCCCCUGUCCUCGACAGCUUCAUCGGCCUAG